AUGAGGCAAAAGAUCGAACACAGGAACGGUGGAAGCUGGCCCACCAUGUCAAGAGUCCGUUGCCGCCUGAUGUCCCAAGGAAACCUCACCCCCUCGCCUUCCCCUCUUGCUCGCAUCAUGGCGGCUUCCGCUUCCAUCUCCAACGUCCUCCUCCUCCUCCCGGCUUUAUCCCCUCGCCCGAUCAGCCGCGCCCUCACCUCUCGAUUUCGCCGGUCGCCGUUGCCGCUACGGAGAAGCUUCCAUAAAGUUCGUGGUCCUUCCCGGUUGCCCCCCGUCGUCGUUGCCGCCCAAUCCAACUCCAACUUCUUCAGAGUCAUUCAGACAGCUUGGAGGAUUGGAAAAGAUGUCACUGAGGCAGGUACCAAACUUGUGCCGGAUGUAGUUCCCAGACCUCUAGCAAGGAUUGGUGUAGCUGUUGCUGCUGGAACAGUUGCUCUUAUUCUGUUUAAAUCCUUUCUAUCCACUGCAUUCUUUGUAUUGGCCAUGAUGGGAUUUAUAUAUUUCGUCUUCAUCGCUUUGAACACGGAUGAAAGUUCCAGAGGGGAUGAAAGCUCCAUGGGGGGUGGAAGCACGGCGUCUACCGAAGAUGACACUUUGGAAGAAGCUAGACGAAUAAUGGAGAAGUACAAGUAGAUAACCAUAUAAAAUGGCAUUCUAUUGAACGUUUUUUUAUCAGUUUUCUAGUAUAGAAUUACAGUCAACAGAGGACGCAUGUAUUGGAGACAAUUUAAAUGAUCAAAGCAUUGUGAAAUAGAAUUAUAGCCAACAUUUUUUUUUUAUGAAUGGAAACAAUGACUUUGUUGGAA